UUCAAAGCAAAAAUGAAUUACCAACCAACUCCACCGUUUACGUCUGUUUAAACAAAACCUUAACUCUUCACUCUUGAGUCCUUUACAACCCUAUUCUCUAUCUCAGUGUUUAAGUGAAAACCCUUUACUUGAUUAAGAAAGAAGCGAUCUUUUUAUUUUUUUUUAUUUCUUUCUGGGUUCGGUGGCGGAAAUGGCGAAAGUGGUGGAUGCGACGGGGGAACCGAUCCCAACGUCGUCGGUGCUGAUGUCAUCAGCAAAGCACAUAGAGAUUAAAUGUAUGUCCGAAAACGUGGAGUUCCUCAAGUGUAAGAAGAAAGAUCCCAACCCUGAGAAAUGUCUCGAUAAGGGCCGCCAAGCUACUCGCUGUGCCCUUGGAGUGCUAAAAGAUCUGUAUCAGAGAUGCAAAGACCCCAUGGAAGCUUAUGUGGGAUGCAUGUAUUACUACACAAAUGAGUUCGAUUUAUGUCGCAAAGAGCAACAAGCCUUUGAGAAAGCUUGCCCUUUGGACUGACUUCGGCUUUCAGCAGCAGCCAGCAGCUGGCACUCAUCAAACACAUUCUCUUUUCAUGCUUGAAUUAUGAAUAAGUUAGGUCCAGUUUGCAUUGAACAAGAACUGUCCCAUUAUAUAUGCUUUCGGCAUUGUAUCCCCUCAUGUAUGGAUAAAAAGACUGUUCUUGCCAAAAUUCUCUUUUUUCUAUUUUCAUCCGAAAA